AUCGUCAUCUUCACCCAUUCCCCACAUCUGACAAUAUUUUGAUAAGAUAAAAAAUUUCAACUCAAUUAACAUUCCAUCUGCAGUAUGCGAAAACAGUUUGACUUUAGAAUUGACCACAGGACAAACAUACCAAAACGUACAUUCGUACGUAUAUAAACAUAUUACGAAUCUGGUGGGAGAUAAAUCAUUCAAUUAGCAAUGUCUAACAUAGCGACCCAAAUUUUCCAUAUUUUCUUUUUACUCUGCUUCUGCUCUGAGAUUUGGCCCAUAACAACACAGAAAAACAGGAAUCCAUCUUUACAGCAGGGGCCAUGCAACCUUCCAUCUUUUCUAAUCACAGAAAUUCAAAACUAUCAGCCAAUAGCGGAUGAGAUUAUGAACGCCGCAAUUUCUGGAGCCUGGAAGGGACGUACGUUCGAAGGGGUAACUACAUUUGUGGACAAGUAUGUCAAUCGCUUAUCGGGAACUCCAGAGCUUGAGGAAUCCAUUGAUUACAUGAUGGAGAAAAUGAUUGCUGCUGGCCUAGACAACGUGCGAGGCGAAGAUGUACAAGUUCCAAGAUGGAUUCGGGGAGAGGAGAAAGCAACUUUGGUGGAGCCUGUGGUCAAAACAAUCAGCAUUCUUGGUGUAGGACCAUCCGUAGGAACGCCAAUUGGAGGGAUCAGCAGUGAAGUCAUUGUUGUCCGCUCGUUUGAUGAAUUAGACGAAAAGAAGGAUGAGAUCCUAGGGAAAAUUGUGGUGUACAAUCAAGGAUGGCUGGGCAGCUAUGUGGAAACAUCACAGUACCGUGGUAAUGGUCCCACGCGAGCUUCGGCGUAUGGCGCCGUCGCCGCUUUGAUAGAAAGCGCAACGCCUUACUCUCUAUACACAGUCCACACUGGCGGUAUUUACUACGGAUCCACGUACCCAAGAAUCCCAGCAGCCUGUAUUACUCGGGAAGACGCCGAAUUCUUGUUUCGUGUUUAUAGUCGAGGUGAGCUAAAGAAAUCAGUAAAUUUAUGAUUAAAAGGCAACAAAUAAUACCUACGAAAAUGACUAACAAGAGAAAGUAUGGUUCUUAACUUGACCAUGAUGGACGAGGAGUUAAGUCGCGUUACGUCCCGUAACGCCAUCGGUGAAAUUACUGGAAGUUUAAAUCCCGAGGAAAUCGUGGUCGUGUCUGGACACAUCGAUGCUUGGGACCAGGGUCAAGGAGCAAUGGAUGAUGCUGGAGGAGUCUUUGUCUCCGUUGAAGCCCUUGCCCUGAUAAAAUAUCUUGGUCUGACUCCUAAAAGAACUAUGCAAGCAAUUUUGUGGACUGCAGAAGAAUUUGGCUUGGUUGGGGCACGGGCUUUUGUUGCCCUUCAUAAGGAGGAGAUGAUGAAUUACAAGGCAGUUUUGGAAUCGGAUAGUGGUAAUUUUUUCUCUCUCGGAUUAGAAUUCGCAGGGACGGAAGGUGCUGGCUGCAUAAUUCAAGAAAUUCUUAAAUUGACCUCAGCCAUGAAUUCUACGAACUAUGCUCGUUAUGAGACAGUUGGGUCGGAUAUUGCUGUUAUGAUUUUGGAAGGAGUGCCUGGCAUUAGUUUGAAAACGGCGGAUGAAAAAUAUUUCUAUUUCCAUCAUUCUCCAGCUGAUAUGCUCAACGUUCUUGACUCGGACGAACUGGACAGGAAUAUUGCGCUUUGGGCUAUAACUUCCUACGUUCUUGCAGACCUCAGUGUAGUUAUUUGUAAGUUACAAAUGAGUAGUGUACUACCAUGAUGUGAAGUAAUAUUGUAAAAUCAAAAUCAUUAAAUACUUGUAAUUUAUAUUAUAAGCUGGAAAUGUUUGUCUGCAACGGAAGUGAAAGUAAUUUUCCGUGACGGAAGUAAAAGUGGAGAAAGUUUCAUUUCCUUGCCAACAGACGUUUCCGGCUAACAAUAUAGAUACAAUAAAAAAAUAACUCGGUGGAA